AUGAGCAGUGCCAGUAACUCACUGGCACGGGAAUUCUUGACAGAUGUCAACAGACUGUGCAAUGCAGUGGUACAGAGGGCAGAGGCCAAGGAAGAUGAAGAAGAAGAAAGUCAUAUGGCAGCACUGGGACAAUACUUAGUUCAAGGCCGUGGGUUUAUUUUGCUUACCACACUGAACUCAACUAUUGAUCAGGAGCUGACAUGUCGGGAAGAACUUCUGACCCUCCUCCUGUCACUUCUGCCAUUGGUGUGGAAAAUCCCUGUUCAAGAAGAAAAAGCAAUACAUUUUAAUAUACCCUUUAUGGUAGACAUAUGCCUGACCAAAGAGAACAAUUCAAGUUCUGUGAAAUCUACUCAGGAAAAACUGGGGUUAGAUGGAAGCACUCGUUCAUCUCUUCAGGCUUCUGUAAAAUUAAAUCCCCGGUCUCGAAAAAGUGGACGUCUGCGUAAAACCACCCAUCGUUAUUCCGUGAGAGAUGCAAGAAGAUCUCAGCUGUCCACUUCAGAUUCAGAAGGCAAUUCUGAUGACAAGACUACUGUAACAACAAAACACAGACGCUCCCAGUUACUGCAACCUUUUUUAACAUAUCCAGUUAGGGACAGCUACCUUGUAGGUAGAAGUGAUUGCCUACCUGGGGAAGUGGUACCAAAUUCUAAUCCUGAUGCUCCUAAUCUAGAAAAUUCCAGCCAAAUUAUUCCAGUACAUGAGCUAAACCCAGAAAUUUUGAAUGAGCCAGCUGCAGGAAUUGCUGAGAGCAACAUGGAUAACUCUCCUUUUGAUUUAUGCCAUGUCUUAUUGUCACUUCUAGAGAAAGUGUGCAAAUUUGAUAUUACUUUGAAUCACAGUUCUGCUCUUUCAGCUAGUGUGGUGCCCACAUUGACUGAGUUCUUAUCAGGAUUUGGAGGCUGUUGCAAUGUAAGUAGUAACACAGAAAAUGAAGUUUCUGCGGGGUGGACAGAAGAACCUGUGGCUCUGAUCCAAAGGAUGCUCUUUCGAACAGUGCUGCAUCUUAUGUCUUUAGACAUUAACAAUACAGAAACAAUGCCUGACAAUUUACGAAGAAAUUUAAUAGACUUACUUAAAGCAGCAUUAAAAAUCAGAAUUUGCUUGGAAAAGCAACCUGAUCCUUUUGCUCCAACAUGCAAGAAAACACUAGAGCAGCCAGUUCAGGAUGAAUUAGUAUUUUCUAGAUAUCAUCACAGAGCCUUGCUUCUACCUGAGGUUAUAGAAGGAAUCUUGCAGGUUUUGAUCUGCUGCCUACAAAGUGCAGCCUCCAAUCCAUUCUACUUUAGCCAAGCUAUAGAUCUGGUUCAUGAGUUCAUACAGCAUCAGGGAUUUAAGCUAUUUGAAGUAACAGUGCUUCAAAUGGAAUGGCUGUGUAUGAAGAACGAAGGAAUAACUGGGGAAGCCUCAGAUCAUCUGAAAGCCCUGAUCAACAGCAUCAUGAAAAUAAUCAGCACUGUCAAAAAAGUGAAAUCAGAGCAGCUUCAUCAAUCAAUGUGUACAAGAAAGCGGCACAGACGGUGUGAGUACUCCCACUUCAUGCAUCACCACAGAGAUCUCUCUGGGCUCUCUGUAUCUGCUUUUAAAAACCAAGCUUCCAAAAACCCCUUUGAAACUGCUGAUGGAGAAAUUAAUUAUCCUGACAGAUGCUGUUGCAUUGCUGUUUGUGCCCACCAGUGUUUGCACUUGUUGCAACGAGUUUCUUUGAGCAGUACUUGUGUUCAGAUUCUCUCGGGUGUACAUAAUGUAGGAAUAUGUUGUUGUAUGGAUCCAAAGUCUGUGAUCGUCCCAUUGCUUCAUGCUUCCAAGUUACCAAUAUUAAAAAACUUUCAACAGCACAUACUGAACAUCCUUAACAAGUUUAUAUUGGAUCAGCUGGGUGGAGCAGAAGUUUCUCCAAAAAUUAUACAGGCAUCAUGCAAUAUAUGUACUGUUGACUCUGAUCAACUUGCUCAGCUGGAAGAUGCCUUGCAAGGCAACUCUAGUGAUGCUGGUCUUGCAUCUAGUUCCUCUUGCAGAGUUCAGGGAAUUCUGCCCAGCAGUGGAUCUGAAGAUACGUUCUUAAGAUGGGAUGCAUUGGAGGCUUAUCAGGACAUAGUUUUUGAAGAAGACAAAUUACGCGGCAUGCAGAUUGCAAGCCAUAUUUGCCACUUAAUUCAAAAGGGAAAUGCAGUGGUCCAGUGGAAACUAUAUAACUGCAUUUAUAAUCCUGUGCUUCAGAGAGGAGUUGAGCUAGCUUGCCAUGCUCAACAACUUGGACUAACUACAGCUGAUAAACACAUAUGCAGUUGCCAUAGCCAGUGUUUGCCUUCUGAAGUACUUCAGAUUUAUUUGCAGACGCUCCCUGUGUUGCUUAAAUCGAGGGUAAUUAGAGACUUGUUUCUGAGUUGUAAUGGAGUGAAUCAAAUGACUGAGUUAAAUUACUUAGAUACUUUAAGAAGCCAUUCUCUGAAAGUGUUAGAGACUUUGAUACUCUGCCUUGGUGACCAGCAGAAAGAUCAAGCAAUGCUAGAACUGGAAGGCCUGAAGAGUGAACAAAAGGAGUCUACGUCUGACUUGCCUGCUUCUCUUUGUGGCCAGCAUACUGUUUCAGAAGUUCCUCAAAGCCUGAGCAAGUUUUAUGCUGGCUUGAAAGAGGCUUACCCUAAAAAGAAAAAGUUUGUGAGCCAAGACAUUCACAUCAACACAAUAAACCUCUUUCUCUGUGUUGCUUUUUUAUGUGUAAGUAAAGAAGCAAAUGGUGAUCUGGAUUCAGCUAAUGACUCUGAAGAUACAUCAGGGUAUGAUAGUACAGCUAGUGAGCCAUUAGGCCACAAAUUACCGUAUCUGUCACUGGAAAGCCUUACUUUGCCCUCUCUGGAACAUAUUCACAGGGCUGCGGAUAUUUGGUCCAUGUGUCGUUGCAUAUAUUUGUAUAGUUCAGUUUUCCAGAGGCAGUUCCAUAGACUUGGAGGCUUUGAAGCGUGCCAUAGAUUACUAAUACUGAUAAUACAGAAACUUGCAAAAAAUAAGGAAAAGGAGCAAGAAAAGAGGGAGAGAGUAUUGGGUGAAAGCAGCAGAAGUUCACAUGGGAGUCCUCACGAGCUUCUCAACAAGGAUGAUUCUGUUCAGUUGGCUAAAAGCAGAGACGUGACACAAUUGGAGCUCGAUCGCUCCGACAGUCUUUCUGGUGCCGAACAGCUGGUGCCUGAACGAGUCUCCUGUGACAGCUCUUUGAGUAGGGAACACACUUCAGAUACUUCAGUUGCCAAUCUUGAAGGAAUAAAGACUUCUGUAAGAGAAGAGACUGAGUGGGCACUUGAAGGUAUCAGACUUCUAGAAGCUCUGCUGACAAUCUGUCUACACAGUGUAAAUACCAUGCAGAAGACGGAAGUGGAGAUGUGUCACCAGAAUACCUGUGUCGAUGAUAUCUUACUUCAAAUAAGAGAGCAGCUUGCUCAGUCAAAAGUGGUAGAAACUGACUUGGCAAAGCCUCUGUUUGAUUCACUGCUUCAUGUUGCAUUGGGCACUUUUUCUGCUGACUUGGAUCAUUCUGAAGAAAAAAUUGAAAAGACCCAUUACACUGAAAAGGAGCCUGUGUCACAACCUGGAGAUAUUUCUGAAGAAACUGAAGAAUCACAGUGCUGUAGUCUUAAACUUUUUGCUGAAGAGGAAGGAUAUGAAGCAGAUAGUGAAAGUAACCCUGAUGAUAAUGAAGCCAAGAAUGAAGGAGCAGACACAAAGGCAGAACUAGGAUGUAUGGGUCCUUCAGCUUAUUUUAAUGACUCAUCUGAAAACGUCAGUCAAGGAGAAUUAAUGUAUCCUGAAAUCUGCAUGUUAGAAUUAAACUUGCUCUCAGCUGGUAACGCAAGUUUAGAUGUGCUUUCUCAUGUAUUCCAAAGCUGCCUGAAAAUCAUCAGCCAGAAGGAGAGAAAUGCCACUGUACUUAUAGAACAGGGAGCUGUUAAACAUCUUUUGGGAGGAUUUCUGAACAUAUUGACACAAACAGAGUCGAGUUUUCAUGCAUGUCAGGUGGUGCUGGUAGACCUGUUAGUUUCCUUGAUGAGUUCACAGACAUGUUCAGAAGAGCUAACUCUUCUUCUGAGGGUAUUUUUGGAGAAGACACCUUGUACGGAGAUACUAUUGAAGGGUGUACUGAAGAUUAUAGAAAAUAAUAUCUAUAUGAACCCAUUACAGUACCUUGCCUUCCCUCUGCUACAUGGCACAAAUUUAAGUAGUAGUUCUUCACAAAAAUCUGCUAGCAGUUCCAACAGCAAAACUGCUGGACUAUUAAAAAGAGCAAAAUUUUCACAGAGUAAGAAAGAGGCAGAUGGUGAAAACUUGAGUCACCAGCUGCUUUCUUCUUGGCAUGUAGCCCCAAUCCACUUGCCUUUAGUUGGACAAAACUGUUGGCCACACAUGUCUGAAGGCUUUAGUGUCUCACUGUGGUUUCAUCUGGAAUAUGCUCAUGAAAUAGAAAACUCAACAGAAAAGGGGAAAAAAAUCAAAAGAAGAAGCAGACUGGUAGCUGUAAGAGAGAACAGCUUUGACAGCACAGAAGAAACAAAGUCUAUAGGAAUGGAAUACCUAAGCCUGGGAGAUAAACUUGUUGAAGAUGGCUGUAUUCAUAUAAUUUCACUGGGUUCCAAAGCAUUGAUGAUACAAGUCUGGGCAGACUUGAACACUGGAGCAUUCGUAUUUCGUAUGUGCAUGGAUCCAAAUGAUGAGAUGAAAGCUGGUCUGCUGGCACAGGCUGAAUCUCCAGAGAAUGUUUUCCUUGUGGGCGGGUGGCAGCAUUUGGCAAUAACAUAUCUGCAGCAGCCAGAAGGCAAGAAAAAUAUCCAUGGGAGGCUAUUGCUGUGGGUUUCUGGUCAGAGGAAAUGUGAAAUUAAUUUGGAUUAUGCACUACCAAGGAAAUCAAGCUUAUCAUCUGACAGUAAUAAAACAUUUUGUAUGAUUGGCCAUUGUACAUCGUCUCAAGAAGAAUUGCUUCGAUUGUCGGGUAGAUGGGAUCUUGGAAAUCUGCUUCUAUUUAAUGGUGCAAAGAUUGGACCAGAGGAAGCAUUUUACUUAUACACGUGUGGGCCAGACUUCACAUCUGUAAUGCCUUGUAAAUAUGGCAAAACAUCGACUGAUUGCUCUAAGUACAUAAGUAAAGAGAUUCUACAAUGUGAACAAAUUAAGGAGCUCUUCAUGGCAAAAAAGGAAGUGGAUGUUGGGCCUUUAAUUGAGAGUCUUGCUGUUGUUUAUACCACAUGGUGCCCCGGUCAGUACACCAUAUAUGAACCUGUUAUUAGACUGAAAGGUCAAGUGAAAACUGUACCUUCUCAGAGACCUUUCAGUUCAAAAGAAGUUCAGAGCAAUGUAUUGGACUCUCAUCACCUGAAAACACUUCAACCUGUUGAAUAUAAGACUCUUCAGGGUAUACUACAUGAAAUUGGAGGAACUGGUGCAUUUGUUUUCCUCUUUGCUAGGGUUGUAGAGAUUAGCAGCUGUGAAGACACUCAAGCUUUAGCACUACAACUUAUACUAUCUUUAACAAAAUACAAUCAGCAGAGAAUACAGGAGAUGGACAAUUGUAAUGGUUAUUCUAUGAUUCAUCGAGUGUUGAUCAAACCAAAAUGCAUUGUUGGAUUUUGCAUGCUGAAGACUCUCCUUGAAGGAUGCUGCAGUGAUGAGAUUCUCUGUAUAAAUGAAAAUGGGCAAUUAAUGCUUGACACAGAUUCUACUGCAGUUAUCCAAGAUGUUCAAUUGCUAGAAAAGCUACUGCUUGACUGGAAGAUAUGGUCUAAAGCAAAGCAAGGUGUCUGGGAAACUCUGUUAGCAGCUCUAGAAAUCCUUAUCAGAGCUAACCAUCACCAACAGAUGUUUAACAUUAAACAGCUAUUGAAAGCUCAAGUGGUGCAUCACUUCCUGUUAACUUGCCAGGUUCUGCAGGAGCAUAAAGAAGGGCACCUUGCAUCCCUGCCUCGGGAAGUUUGCAGGUCAUUUGUGAAAAUAAUUGAAGAAGUACUUGGAUCUCCCCCAGACCUCGAAUUGCUGACACUGGUCUUCAAUUUCCUCUUAGCAGUUCACCCUCCCACUAAUACAUACGUUUGUCACAAUCCUACCAACUUCUACUUUUCCCUGCACAUAGAUGGCAAAAUUUUUCAGGAAAAAGUUGAAUCACUUAUGUUCCUGAGAAAUUCCAGCAGUGGUGGGAAGUCAAUAGACAGUUCUGCAUUUGUGAUUACAACUCCAACUGGAUUUACAGCUUUACCACUGGGAGGGAACACUUCCAAGGCUAGUGUACAGCAGAAGACAAGCUCUCAGGUACCUAAAAGGCUUUGCAAAAGUUUACCAGCAUCUCCUACUUCCUCACCUCAAGUUCAUCGAAAAAGACUAACUGAAAGAAUGGGAAGGAGCAUCGAUGACCUGCAGAUUAUUGGCAAGCAUGACUACAUUGAUCUCCAGAGUAAAACUGAUUUUGUAGGAAGCUCUGAAACCGUAAAGAGAGUACAAGAAGAACUCUUUCUUAGCAGUUGUGAGUCUGCAAAAACAGUUUGUGACUCAGAGUUAACAUCUGCCGAAACAUUUGAAGAUCUUGCAAAAGAAGAAGAGCUACCUGAAAAUGCAUUUGAGAGUAAAGAAGCAGAUACAGACCUGAAAUGUAAUGAAGGUGGUGGUGCUGCAGCUGAGCUGUCGCUACGUCGUCCAGACAAUCUGAAAGGACUGCCUUCAUUUCAGAAGAGUCAGAGUAAUUUUGCAGGGUUGGGCUUAGCAUUUUCCGUUCAUGGAGGAUCAUCGGCCAUUGCUCGCUGGCCAAGCUUUGCUGACAAGAAGGUACUUCCUGAAGACUGGGAGAAAAUAGCUUACAAUUAUGCAUUUUUUUAAUGUUUCCAGUUGUAGACAAACUGUGGUAAAACAUACUCCUAUGUUUUCAGGUGUACAGAAGACUGUCUUGUGCUUAUCUGUUGUGGAUUAUAUGACCUCUUGCGUGGAGUUCUCUUAAUCUUACCAGAUAUCAUGCUAGAAGAUGUGAUGGACAAACUUAUCCAACCUGACUAUCUUAUAGUUCUUGUGAACCACCCAUCUCCUCUCAUACAACAAGGAGUCAUUAAAUUGUUGGAUGCAUAUUUCAACAGAGCAAGGAGGGAGCAGAAGGAGAAAUUCUUAAAGAAUCGUGGCUUCUCCUUGCUAGCCAACCAGUUGUACCUUCACCAGGGGACUCAGGAAGUUGUAGAGUGCUUUUUGGAAAUGCUCUUUGGCCGAUCUGUUGGAUUGGAUGAAGAAUUUGAUCUUGAAGAUGUCAAGAAUGUUGGACUCUUUCAAAAAUGGUGUAUCAUUCCUGUUCUGGGUCUUAUAGAGAACUCUCUGUACGAUAAUGUUCUGCUGCAUAACUGCUUCUGUCUCUUGCUGCAAAUCAUAAAUUCCUGCUCAAAAGUUGCAGACCUGCUGCUUGAUAAUGGUUUGCUGUACGUGUUGUGUAAUACACUGGCUGCUCUCAAUGGACUGGAAACAAACAUUCCCUUGAACGAUUACAAAUUACUUGCAUGCGAUAUACAACAGCUGCUGGUAGCAGUUGCAAUUCAUGCGUGCAGCUCCUCAGGUUCUCAGUAUUUUCGUGUUAUUGAAGACCUCAUUGUGCUGCUGGGUCAUCUUCAAAAUAGUAAAAAUGCAAAGAUGCAAAACAUGGCAGUUGUUCUGCAGUUAAGAGUUCUUCAAGCAGCUAUUGAAUCAAUAAAAACUACAGCAAACCAAGAUGCUCAAGAGCAGGCCGGUUCACUCCCAUCACCAUCUGCCCCACAUCAUGCGAUGUUUCAGAAGCGUAAAGGCAUUGCUGGCUCCAGAAAGUUUUCACUUGCUCAGUCUGAUGCUCUGCUGAUGAAAAUGCGUUCACUAGCCAGUGAGGAAUUCAACAUGAUGAUGCAGCGGAGAAUGAGCCAAGAAAAUCCUAUCCAAGCCACUGAGACUGAGUUUGUACAAAGGUUACAGAGGCUAACUGUUCUAGCUGUUAACAGGCUCAUUUAUUUAGCAUCUACUGAAGAGUGCCUUGAUAUACUGGGUAUAACAGAAACCACAAGUCAAAGCAGGCUUUCGGCAUCCCAGCUGGAAGUUCCUGAAGAGGAAAGCCAGCAAGAACUGCCUAGCAGAACAAAUCCUUUUCUUAAAGAAAUGAUCAAAAUGUUGGUGGAAGGAAUCAAAGUAUCCCUUGGCACCAGCAGAAUGAACACACCGAAGCAGCAGUGGAAGAGAAUCCUCUUGUCAUGUAAGGACACGUUCCGUACGCAACUUGGGAGGCUUCUUGUGCACAACUUGUCUCCAACAAGGCCACUGCAAGAGAGAAAGCAGGCUUUGGAGAUGGUACAUGAAGUAAACCAUCAAGAGAUAAUGCGUGACUGUCUUAGCACAACUUUGCAACAUGGACCUAAAUUAGUGCUCUAUUUAUACGAAUUAAUGUACAAUCACAGUGAUGAAAUGACCAAAGAACAACAAAAAGCAGCAGGAGACUUUGUGAAUACAUUAAAAUGUUGUGGCUAUAAAUGCAUUCCCCUGAGCCCACGACCAAAACCAGAUCUAAUAAAAGCUUUGAAAGAGGAUCAGAAGAAAUAUGAGAUGGAAGAAGGUGUAAACAAAGCUGCUUGGGAGAAGACAAUGGCUAAUAAUCGGCAAAAUCUCUUUCAACGUCUGGAUACAAAAUCUAAAGACAUUUCUAAAAUAGCUGGAGACAUCACACAAGCUGUGUCUCUGUCACAAGGAAUGGAAAGAAAGAAAGUAAUCCAGCACAUCAGGGGCAUGUACAAGGCGGAGCUUAGUGCCAGCAGACAUUGGCAGGAACUUGUUCAGCAGCUUACCCAUGAUCGAGCACUCUGGUAUGACCCAGUCUAUUACCCAACUUCUUGGCAACUGGAUCCAACAGAGGGCCCAAACAGAGAAAGGCGCCGCUUGCAGAGGUGCUAUCUAACUAUUCCAAACAAGUACCUUCUCCCAGAUAGGCAGAAACAGGAAGGUGUGAUAAAAACUCCGUUAUCUUAUUUAUUUGAAGACAAAACGCAUUCUUCUCAUUCUUCUACUGUAAAGGACAAAGCUGCAAGUGAACAUAUAAGAGUGAAUCGAAGAUGUAUAAGCGUAGCACCUUCUAGAGAGACUGCUGGUGAACUGUUGCUAGGAAAAUGUGGCAUGUAUUUUGUUGAAGACAAUGCUUCAGACACAAUUGAAAAUUCGAGUUUUCAUGGAGAAACUGAACCAGCGUCAUUUUCUUGGACCUAUGAGGAAAUUAAGGAAGUUCAUAAGCGCUGGUGGCAGUUAAGAGACAAUGCUGUGGAAAUAUUUCUAACAAAUGGCAGAACUUUGCUCUUGGCUUUUGAUAAUACAAAGGUCCGUGAUGAUGUGUACCACAACAUCUUAACUAACAAUUUGCCUAACCUUUUGGAAUAUGGAAACAUUACUGCCUUGACCCACCUGUGGUGCACAGGACAGAUUACUAACUUUGAAUAUCUGACUCAUUUAAACAAACAUGCGGGCCGUUCCUUCAAUGAUCUCAUGCAAUAUCCAGUAUUUCCUUUUAUACUUUCUGACUACACCAAUGAAACGCUGGACCUAAAUGAUCCAUCGGUAUAUAGAAAUCUGGUCAAACCGAUAGCUGUGCAGUCUAAAGAAAAAGAGGAUCGUUAUGUGGAUACUUAUAAGUAUUUGGAAGAAGAGUACCGUAAAGGAGCACGAGAGGAUGAUCCAAUGCCUCCUGUACAACCAUAUCACUAUGGAUCUCAUUAUUCCAACAGUGGAACUGUGCUUCAUUUCCUAGUUAGACUGCCACCUUUUACUAAAAUGUUUUUAGCCUAUCAAGAUCAAAGUUUUGACAUCCCAGACAGAACUUUUCACUCUACCAAUACAACCUGGCGACUCUCUUCAUAUGAAUCAAUGACUGACGUAAAGGAGCUUAUCCCAGAAUUUUUCUACCUUCCCGACUUUCUAGUUAACAGAGAAGGUUUUGAUUUUGGAGUACGUCAAAACGGUGACAGAGUUAACCAUGUCAAUCUUCCACCCUGGGCUCGUAAUGAUCCUCGUCUAUUCAUCUUAAUUCAUCGUCAGGCUUUGGAGUCUGACCAUGUUUCCCAGACAAUCUGUCAUUGGAUUGACUUGGUGUUUGGUUAUAAGCAAAAAGGCAAGGCCUCUGUUCAGGCUAUUAAUGUCUUUCAUCCUGCAACCUAUUUUGGGAUGGAUGUUUCUGCUGUUGAGGAUCCUGUUCAGAGAAGAGCCCUUGAAACAAUGAUAAAAACAUAUGGGCAAACACCUCGCCAGCUGUUCCACGCAGCACAUGUUAACAGACCUGGAUCCAGGCUUAUCAUGGAGGGAGAACUUCCUGCUGCCAUGGGAUUACUAGUGCAGUUUGCUUUCAGAGAAACCAGAGAACACACUAAAGAAAUAAUAUAUCCAAGUCCCUUGCCAUGGAUAAAAGGCUUGAAGUGGGGAGAAUACGUUGGUUCCCCAAGUGCUCCAGAUCCUGUUGUCUGCUUUAGCCAGCCACAUGGAGAAAGGUUUGGCGCUCUCCAGGCUUUGCCAACUAAAGCUAUCUGUGGUUUGUCCCGCAAGUUUUGCCUUUUGAUGAUAUAUAGCAAGGAGCAAGGUGUGAGAAGCAUGCACAGUACUGAUAUUCAGUGGUCAGCUAUCCUGAGCUGGGGAUAUGCCGAUAACAUUUUACGACUGAAAAGCAAGCAAAGUGAACCUCCAGUAAACUUUAUACAGAGUUCACAGUUCCAUCAGGUGACAAGUUGUGCUUGGGUGCCAGACAGUUGUCAGCUGUUCACAGGUAGUAAAUCUGGUGUCAUCACAGCAUACAUGAACAGAUUCACUAGCAAUACGCCUUCAGAGAUAGAAAUGGAGUCUCAAGUCCACCUGUAUGGUCACACAGCAGAAAUAACAAGCUUGUUUGUGUGCAAACCAUACAGUAUAAUGAUAAGCGUCAGCAAAGAUGGAACCUGCAUCAUAUGGGAUUUGAACAGGCUGUGCUAUGUCCAGAGUCUGGCUGGACACAAGAGUCCUGUGACUGCAGUUUCAGCUAGCGAAACAACUGGUGAUAUUGCAACAGUCUGUGAUUCAGUUGGAGGGGGUAGUGAUUUGAGACUCUGGACAGUUAAUGGUGAUCUCGUGGGACAUGUACACUGCAGGGAAAGUAUUUGCUCUGUUGCUUUCUCUAACCAGCCAGAAGGAGUGUCUGUCAACGUGAUUGCAGGGGGGCUUGAAAAUGGAGUUGUAAGACUGUGGAGUACGUGGGACUUGAAGCCAGUACGAGAAAUAACAUUUUCAAAGUCAGCCAAACCUAUUGUAAGCCUUACGUUUUCCUGUGAUGGGCAUCACUUGUUCACAGCUAAUAGCGAUGGAAAUGUUAUAGCUUGGUGUCGCAAGGACCAGCAGCGCUUGAAGUUACCCAUGUUCUAUUCAUUCCUUAGCAGCUAUGCGGCUGGGUGAUGACUAUUUUUGCUGCUAACUCAUGCCUCUGAUGCACUUUAAAUCCAAAACAGAUCAUAGAAUCUCUUAUUUAACUGGAUUUUGAAGUAUCUUGAAUGUCUAUAGAAGGACAGAAUAGAUUUUAAAAAAGAGGAGUCUAAGGUGGUUGUAAAAUUGCAGAUGUGCAUGCACAAACCUGACGCAUAUCCAGGUCACCAGAAAGCUCUGGUCAUAUACUCCAAUACCAGCAGUGACUCAUAAAUGCUCUAACAUACAAGUCAAAAUGCUGCAAUAUAAAACAUAAUAGUAUUUUUUUAAAUCACUUCUUGGACAGAAGUAUUUAAAAAA